AUCCCCAAGGAAGAUUCAAAUGCCAAUCGUUUUUUCUAUCAUCACAUUAGUGGUGGUCGAUGUGGAGAAGAGAAUAUGGGAAAAUAAGAGGUUAAUAUGCGUGCAGUACCAACGACCCGUUGGAUCAAGCUUAGAUUUUUUUUUUUCUUUUCUUCCUCAUCACACGCGUGUCUGCUCUGUCCUUCUUCUCCUCUACCUCCCGAAAGCUUCCCCCAAAGCCGCUGAAGCUUACCCCUUGAGAACCGGUAAAGAGCUUGAGUUUUCCCUUUCCUUUCUUGAUGGAGAACAAGAUUUAAACCUAGAAAUUUCCUCCUAGCCACUUGCACGUUCUGCUCUUCUUCUUCCUCGCCCCUACAACCCGGAAAAGAAGCCAGCAGCCGGCGACAUCUCUCCUGAGAAAACUGGUAAAGCUUGGUGAUUUUUCUCUUCCUUCUUGUUCAAGAACAAGCUUUAGGAUUUAGAACCCUCCCUCUGAAGCCAGAAAAUUCAGAUCUGUGGUUGCUUCUUCUUCCUCUGCCGCGGGUUGCUGCUGGGUGGUUUGGGAGUCCGGUUUUGGUAAGAAAAGCUAAGAAAUCAUCUUUUUAGCCUUGAUUUGGCUUGGGUUACUCUAAUUUCUGUUUUGGUUCUUGAAUUUGUGGUAGCCCGUGUGUUCCUCCAAAAUUUUCCCCGUCGACUUCCUCACCAGCCAAGCCUGGUUUCUACUGCUGGAAAAUUCUGAUAUGGACAGCCCUUUUAAGUCCGAAUUUAUCAAUUAAUUGUUGUCCAUUUAGUUGCUCUGUGUUGUCCGAGAUCCUGCCGGAAUUAUGGGAUAAUUGUGGGUAGCAUAAAACGUGUUUUAAGCUUGGUUUGGGUAGGAAAUUGCUUGAUUUGCUGCCGUGGGGUUCUAUAUGAAAAAUCCGUGUGUGAGUUGCGGUUUUGUCAAGCCACGUUCCCCAUUUUUCUGUCCGUGGGAAUUAGAAGCUAUAUAUAUAUAUGUGUGUGUGUUGUGUAUAAUUAAAUCAAUAAUUGAAAUGAAAGCCUUGUUUUCCAUUUUUGUGUCCGUGGGAUUUGGGGAAAUUAGGUAGAGGUGUUUCGUAGUGAACUUGGCUAAAAUGUUCACUGAAGAUUGUUUAAAAUUUGGAGAGAAAUGGUAUCCGUAUGAUUAAGAUUUAAAGCAGAGUUUUAUUUUAAGUUGUGUAUAAAGACUCGGGAUUUCUGGAAUUGAAACUCAUGACUGAAUACUAGAGUAAAAAUGUAAUUCCAGU